AUGCCUGCAGGCUCUCAUCUCAGGUUCCUGAAUAUCCCACCAACAAGCCAUGUCCUGCAGAAAUUCACAGGACUCGGCUUCCUCCUGUGGCUGUCGUCGUGCUUUCUUGCGGCGCAGGAAGGUGGCGGAAAGGCCCUGGCUGCAGCACCGCUGAAAGCCUACACGACUGACGUGACUUUCGACCCAGAAACGGCGCAUCCCUCCCUUGCCGUCACGGAAAAUAACAAGAAGGUGGAGAAUGUCCCUAGACCGGAGCAUGUGCCUGACAAUCCAGAGAGAUUCAACAGCACGCCCUGCUUGCUGGGGUCUCCCGGGUUCACGUCAGGGAAACACUACUGGGAGGUGGUGUAUGGGAAUCAGAGGGAGUGGGCCGUGGGGGUGGCCCGGAAGUCCGUGAAAAGGAAAGAGUACCUCCGCCUCUCCCCCGAGGAAGGGAUUUGGCAAAAGGGUCUCUGGUGGCUUUCUCGGGCAGAAAGUGGCUUGUCCAGGCCUCCCCCUCCAAAUCCAACUGGAACCAUCGGGGUCUUCUUGGAUUAUGAUGAGCAAUUAGUGACUUUUUACAUGGGAAACCAAGUCACUGAAGUGCAGGCCUCUUUCAAUGGGGAAAAAGUUUUUCCCUUCUUCUAUGUAGGGGGAACGGUUGUCCUCUCCUUGUAA